CUCUAGACUGAAAAGGAACCGAUGUCGGGACAUGGUCCGAAUAGUGUCGACGAGGAUCCGAAGAGAAGGGACAAUGAUCCUAUGAUAAUGGAGGAGGAUGAUGGUAUGAUAACGGAUGGUGACGAGGAUCCCAAUCAGGACAUUACGAUCGGGAGACGGCCUGAUGGCUCGGAAGUGGAUCAUACAGAUGACCAUGUACCUCAGGUGGCCGUAAUUCAGGAUCUCACCGUUGGCAGGCAAGAGCCGGAUGCUCAGCCAGAUACACAGCCCACGAGACGACGAGUUAGGCGUCCAUAUAAGGACUGGGCACCCGACGCGAUCGUUAAGGUUGAACCGUAUCUUGACCAGGACGAAACUGACCUUCAGCAUGCCCCAACUGGCCGGGGGCUACGCAAGCACCAUUAUUCGUGGAAACUGAAGGGUAUAUACACACCAACCGGCCGGCGUAGGAUCACCGUGGACGCAUAUGACCCAGCAUGUCCCAUUCCUCCACAACUGGACGGUCAGUUCCAGACAUGGAUGGAUGACCUAGACAUCGAUGGACGAACUCGGUCUACUGCAGCUGGCUUACAAGGGAAGGAAUGGUAUCGCGAUCUACUAGACCCUACUGUCCAAUUGAAGGACGAGGUAGUUGAUGCUCUCGUCCUAUUUACGGCCAAAAAGUUGGAGAAGUGUAUAUAUCUGUGUCGCAAAAAGUUUGCGAUAGGCGACGUGCUACUUUCGACUCUGCUGAACCGAACAGACGGUCCGUAUGCGGCCAUGAAACCAGGGGUCCUGUCCACGAGAAUCGAAUACCCCUGUAGCCAAGAGAAUACAAUCUUUCGGUAUGUGUUCGGUAGGCAGUCGGACCAGAAUGUGGCUUGGACUGAUGCAGACAUUGUGUACACCCCGAUCAACAUAGGUGGAAACCACUAGGUGAUGCUCAGAAUUGAUCUUGUGGAAGGUGACUUAACCGUAUGGGAUUCACUCCAAUCGGCCACUCCACUAGAUUCACUCGAGAAGGAGUUGAAGCCCAUUUGUACGAUCCUACCUGCGGUACUACAUCACGGCGGGAUAUUUGCAUCACGGCCGGACCUGCCAGUGGUGCCAUGGAGGGUGCGUCGGGU